GUAAGACUAAGACCUUUCCGCCAUCUCCGCUUGAGCUUCCCCUCCCUGAUUACGAUGUCUCACGCCAAAUUUUUGCCCUCUCACCUCCUGCUUCUGACCCUGCUCCCCCUUCUCUUCUCGUCUUUGGCAUGCGUCUCUGCGUUCAGCAACACGAAAGGGAACGAACCGAGGGCCAAUGACCCGGUGCUGGCGUCCAUCACCAUGGACCCCGUUGAGAGGGACACCCUGUUCUGUGUGAUGAAGAACAUGUCCUCUGACAGGGACUGGAGGUCCUCCAACCCUGAUCCCUGCAAGCCGGACUCCUCAUGGCCUGGGAUUGAAUGCAAGCCAGGCUUGGACAACCUGCUCCAUGUCACAAGGCUGGACUUCGGCGUUGCGCCCAACCCGACCUGCAAGGAGAGCGCCACCUUCCCGUCCGAGAUCUUUGAACUCCCUUACCUCGCGUCCAUCUUCUUCUUGGACUGCUUCAAGGGUGUGGAGACCAGCCUCUCCCUUCCGCCGCCCACUCGUAAAGCAUCACCACCAGCAUAUGCUUCACUCCAGCAGCUCAGUCUGAUAUCAAACCCAUCCUUCGUAGGUGCUAUUCCAUCCCACAUUUUCUCCAUCACCUCCCUUCGGGUCCUCACUCUCUCGCAAAACCGACUGCAUGGUACAAUCCCUGACAGCAUCUCUGAGCUAAACUCCCUCGUCCAUCUCGACCUCAGCUACAACUUCCUUACAGGCAGCAUCCCGAGCCAGAUAGGUAGGCUUAAGGACCUGGUAGGCCUUGACCUAAGCUAUAAUUCCCUCGCUGGAUCCAUCCCACCAUCCAUUGGCCAGCUGCGCCUGCUUCAAAAGCUUGACCUGAGCUCAAAUUCAAUCGCUGGAAUCGUACCUGAUAGCCUCCAGAACCUCCGCUUCCUUGAUUUCUUAGCCAUCAGCAACAACAACCUCAGUGGGGAGUUCCCAAAAGGCAUAGCCAAGCUCCAGAACCUCCAGUACUUCAUAAUGGACGACAACCCAAUGUUCGUAAAGUUGCCGUGGCAGCUGGGGAGGUUGGCCAAGCUUCAAGAGCUUCGCCUAUCUAAUUCGGGUUACUCCGGCGUGAUACCAGGGAGCUUUGCUUGGCUACGAAAUCUCACCACUCUGUCCCUCGAGAACAACAGGCUCACAGGUGGGAUUCCAGCGGGGUUGAGUGACCUUGAGAAGCUGUAUCACCUUAAUUUGAGCAGUAAUUUAUUGAGUGGUGUCGUUCCCUUUGACGCUGGCUUCUUUAAGAG